AUGGUUACAGGUCGUCAAGCCGAUCCUGCUGGCUUGGAGUCCCACCGAAGCACACCUGCUGCUUCGGAUCCGCACCAAACCAAGCGUGCUGCUUCGGAAAGGUCCUUCAGGCUGGGUGACUCCUGGUCCCUGCGGGGCCUGGAAGGGGGGUUCAGUCGGGAUGGGAAUGGUGAAUUGGGCAAGGAGAAUGACGGAGGGCGUGAAAAACAGGUGGAGAAGAAGGGUGAGAAAGGGAGGGUAAAGAGCAUGAGCUUUAAAGGGGAUAGGAAUGUGCAGGAGGACAAGGAAGGUGACGACGAGUGGGACAAAGAGGAGGGGGAUGAGAAGGAGGAAAGCAGGAGUUUAAAUGAGGGUGAAGAGGAGACGGAUGGGGAGAGCAAACAGUUCCACGUCUCUGAUGACUUAGAGCUCGUUCUGAGCCACGGGCAAGCCCGGGUGAGAAGGAGAUUAGCAGAACGACGCCAGACCCGCGCCAGGCUUGCAGACUGCGUGCCGUGCACGAGUGAUAACGAUGGAGAAGACUCGAAGCUCCAGGGAUUUCAGUCAGGACAGGGCGGUGAGAUGGACGAGAAUGCAGGAGGAGGAGAUUCUGGGAGUGAGUUGGAGGGGUCGAGGAAGCUUCUGCAGGAAUCUGCGCCAUGCUGUGACCCGCUGGUGCUGAAGCUUAGGGUGCAGACAGCGGAUCUGGAGAGGCGUAUGGGGCAGAUUGCAGAGAAACAGGUGAGUUUUGAUGAACAGGUGAGGUUUGAUGAACAGGCGGAGAGCAAGAGGGUGAGCCGAGAGAAGUACGUGCUGAACAAGAAGCUGAGCAGAGCUGAUGCCAAUUGGGAAGCAUUGUUUCUAUCGAACCAGUCGAUGCACGAGGCACAGAUGACAGUGCAGCGGUGCAACGGGCAUGGCAUUGUGGCACAGCAGGGGACACUGGUGUGGAAGGGCUACACGUGUGAUGCAUCGGACGAGGCUCUCACGCAAUACACGACAUACGAUGCCAGUGGGGCGUGCCCUGACGACUGGUUCCCCACCCAGUCGCUCACCUUCCACCACCACUGCUUCCUGGUUCCGCCACCCCUUCUCAUCUUUCCUGCUUCCCAAUCCCUUGUUCUCCCCCCUCUUCCACCCCCCAGGGCUACACAUGGCUACACGUGUGAUGCAUCAGACGAGGCUCUAAGGCAAUACACAUCGUAUGAUGCCAGUGGGGCGUGGCCUGACGACUGGUUCCCCACCCAGUCGCUCAUCUUCCACCACCGCUGCUUCCUGGUUCCACCAUUCCUUCCCCAUCUCCCCCGUUACCCCUUCCCUUCCCUGUUUUUUUCUUUUUUGUUAAAACCCCAGGGCUACACGUGUGAUGCAGCAGACGAGGCUCUCACGCAAUACACGACAUACGAUGCCAGUGGGGCGUGUCCUGAUGACUGGUUCCCCACCCAGGCCCUCAUCUUCCACCACCACUGCCAGCUGAUUCCACCACCCCUUCCCCUCUUCUGCUCCCCUCCUCCCCAGGGCUACACGUGUGAUGCAUCAGACGAGGCUCUCAGGCAAUACACGACAUACGACGCCAGUGGGGCGUGCCCUGAUGACUGGUUUGCCACACAGUCGCUCAUCUUCCAGCAUCGCUGCUUCUCCCUGCCGCAACGCCGCUGCCGCGCCCGCACCACCAACCAAACCAUCAAUCCACUGCCCUUCCCCCAGGCGCUAUUCAAUCUGAGCGCCCUAAUAGACACAGCCCUGGUGUGGGACCACCACGCCUGCUCCUCCUUCGCCUGCCUCAACGCCCGUGUGGUCGGGGACUGCCGCCUCUGCUUCAACCUCACUCUCGAGAGGAAUCGCUGGCGCGUGCGAUACCGGGGAUCGUUGACUAUAGAGGAUGUGCUUAAAAUGAAGCAGGGAAGCAUCAGGCUCGGUUUGGACAUUGGAGGUGGCACAGGAAGCUUUGCGGCGCACAUGGCCCUUUACAACGUGACCAUCCUCACCACGUGCCUCCCCUUCCUUCCACUCUUCACCCCACCUCCAUUCUGUAGGCUUGGCUUGGACAUAGGCGGUGGCACAGGCAGCUUUGCGGCACACAUGGCCCUCUACAAUGUGACCAUCCUCACCACGGCGAUGAACGUGGAGACCGUGGUGGGGCGCAAGCAGGGGCUUCCAUACAUGGAGGCCAUAGCUUUAAGGGGACUCAUUCCCCUGCACCUGCCACACAAGGCCCGCCUACCCUUCUUUGACGGCUCAUCAGGCAUCAUUCACAGCGUCAACAAUGUUGGAGUGACUUUUGAGAAUUCUCAAAAGUCCUCCCAUCAGGCCCGCCUACCCUUCUUUGACGGCUCAUCAGGCAUCAUUCACAGCGUCAACAGCGUCAAGUGGCCCUCUUUCCUUCCUCCUUCCUCCCUGCUCUCUGCCCACCUGCCCUUCUUUGACGGCGCAUUGGACAUCAUUCACAGCGUCAACAGUGUCAAGUACCUGCCCAUGCUGGAGUUUGAAGAGAUGCUCUUUGAGUGGGACCGUGUGCUCAGAGUUGGUGGUGUCAUCUGGCUGGAGAUGUUCUAUGCUCCCCUUGACGAGUUCCCAGUGUAUGUCGCAAUCCUCGAUCUCCUCGGCUACAAUCGCCUGCACUGGCGCGUGCUGCCCUCCCCUUCCCUCCCCUGCCCUCCCCCACCUUCAGGUGGUGUGAUCUGGCUGGAGAUGUUUUACGCCCCUCUGGACGAGUUUCCGGUCUAUGUGGCUAUCCUCAAUCUCCUCGGCUAUAACCACCUGCACUGGCGCGUGCUGCCCUCCCCUUCCCUCCCCUGCCCUCCCCCACCUUCAGGUGGUGUGAUCUGGCUGGAGAUGUUUUACGCCCCUCUGGACGAGUUUCCGGUCUAUGUCGCCAUCCUCAACCUCCUCAGCUACAACCGCCUGCACUGGCGUGUGCUGCCCAAACCAGACCCGGGGGAACGCAAAGGGCCUCAUGUGUACCUGAACUGCCUGCUGGAGAAGCCGGUUAGACGAGAAGAGGGGUGGGUGGAGGCUGGGAGGAGGGAGGAAGGGCGAGGAGAGGAGGAGGGGGGGAGAGAAGUUGGGGGGAGGGAAGGGGGGACGAGUGAGGAGACGGGAGGGAAGGAGGAGGGAAUGGAGAGAGAAGUGGGGGGAAGGGAGGAAGGAGGAAGAAGAGAGGAGGGGAGAGGAGAGGGUUCGAGUAAUCAUCGUUCAGAGGGAGACGUUGAGAAAGGAAGGAGGAUUGAAGGGGAAGGCAUAGGAGAAGGAAGCAGGCAAUGGGGGGCUGAGGAGGACAGAAAAAGGGAUGAGAGGAAUGGGAAGAUGGAGAGGAAGGAGGAGGAGAGGAAAGAAGAGGCGGUGAAGGAAGAUUCAAAUAGAACUGAAGAGCGUGGAAGAGAGGAAGAGAGGAGAGAGGAGAGAAGAGAAAGGAGAAGAGAAUAUGGGAGUGAAGAGUGGAAUGAAGAGGUGGUUGAAGAGGCGGGGACGAGCAUAGAGAAAUUUGCAAGAGAGUGGUACAGGGAGGAAGAGGGAAGCAGAGAAACAGAGGGAAGCAGGGAAAGUGGCGGAAGCAGGGAGCAAGGGGCAGCCAGGGAGGACGAGAUUCAAACUGCCAAAGAAAAGGCGGAACGGCCGUCGUGGUGUGAGGAGGAUUAUGCGGAUGGAGGGAGAGGAAGGCGUGGUGCCGGUGGUUCGGAAGAUGACUCUGGCUGGGGGAAGGAGCUCUUCAGAGUUCAUCGAACACCCAAGGAUGGAGCAUCCAAGGUCAUCGUGGUUUUUGAGAAGUCUCAAAAGAGGAAGAGUGCAAGGGAUGGAGGGAGAGGAAGGCGUGGUGGCGGUGGUUCGGAAGAUGACUCUGGCUUUGGGAAGAAGCCCUUCAGAGUUCAUCGAAUAUCCAAGGAUGGAGCAUCCAAGGUCAUCGUGGUUUUUGAGAAGUCUCAAAAGAGGAAGAGUGCAAGGGAUGGAGGGAGAGGAAGGCGUGGUGGCGGUGGUUCGGAAGAUGACUCUGGCUUUGGGAAGAAGCCCUUCAGAGUUCAUCGAACAUCCAAGGAUGGAGCAUCCAAGGUCAUCGUGGUUUUUGAGAAGUCUCAAAAGAGGAAGAGUGCAAGGGAUAGAGGGAGAGGAAGGAGUGGUGGCGGUGGUUCGGAAGAUGACUCUGGCUGGGGGAAGGAGCUCUUCGGAGUUCGUUGA